CAGAGCAAAGAAUUAAAUGAGACCAAAGCUGUUGAGUUCAACUCACUGCACUCAAGCAUCAAGUGGAGAUCAGAAGUAAAAUACAAGGAAAAUUGACUGGGCAGAAUGUCUGACCUGGAGAAUGCAAUGAUUGCUAUCAUAAAAGUCUUUCACAAGUAUACAGAAUGCAAGAGAGAUAAACUUAAGAAAACCCAGCUGAAGGCUCUUGUCAACAAUGAGUUAAACCAAUUUAUUGAGAACAUAAAAGACCAAGCGACCUUGGAUACACUCAUGCUGGACUUGGAUGAAAAUGGUGAUAUGGAAAUUGAUUUUCAAGAAUUUGUCACUUUUGUUGCUAUGAUUACCUCAGCAUGUCACAGCUUCUUUGCACCUCAAGAGUGAAUUUUGGAACCAAGAGCGAACAUUGGAACUAAGAGCGAACUCUGGAUGUGUACAUUGCUUUCUGAAAUGAGUUGAAAAACCUCAACUAAAUAAAGCGAACAACUUUUCAAGUAGAAUAGAAACAUAAUUAUCAGAUCAGAAUAAGAAGUGCUAGGACGGCUAAAAAUAUUUUAAUCCUUUACUUGCAUUCUGUCUGUUUCCAUGUUGUAUGACGCUAUGAUCCUGAAAAGUCCAACUGAAUAUACAUAUAUGCUUUGAAAAAAAGAGUAUUCUAAAUCAGAUGUCAGCUGUAAAUGCAGUGCUUCAGAAAUGUCCACUUUAUAACUCCCAUUAAAUGUAGUUGUCUGCUUUAAGAUAACUGCACCAGUAUUAUUGAUUGUUUGGAAAAUUUGAACUCACAAAAAGAAUGUUACCCAAAUGGAAAUUUUAUUGAUUGAAUAAAGAGAGCAGUGAAAUAAA